AUGCCGUUCUACCACCGACAGAACGGAUCUUCCUUCAACCUCUCUGCCGUCGCUAGCGGCGAUUGCGAGCUCGAAGUUCUCUUCGAGAUCGCAGAGGAUUCAAAAGCUCCAGCCGAUGCGAGAAACUUUGCAUCCAUCCUCAUCGAUGAGGUCAUCAGUUCAUCCAAGCUUCAGCUCGAAGCUGGUGCACAGCUCCUCAGGCUAGCCAUGGAGCAAGAUGGUCGGCAGAUUCAGAUCAACGAACUGGCUGCUGAUGUUGUUGGAUGGGGAGAGAGGCUGUUGGCUGGUGAAGCUCUGGCUGAUCAUAGCAGGCGCGUCGAAGCAUGGCGAAAGACGCGGAAAGAUCUUCGAGGGAAGCGGCCCAGAUUCAAGCGCCCUCCAAGCAUCGAGACCGCAGGAGCCCUGACUCCAGGCUUGCAGCACUUUCUGGACCUGGUGCAAGUGCCGAUCGAAAGGCUCGCGGCCAUGUACGCUGGGCCAAAGCGUAGCGAAUCCACGCUUCGCCGUCUCGAUGAGUUGUGCGCUCUCGACGAGCUGCCCGCUCCCGAGCAACCAGCAGACCAAGUCAUUCCCGACGACGAUCUAGACGACUUGCUGAUCAGACAAAGCAAGUUCAUCCUCGACCUCCUGACCAGGUUCCACCUCACGCAAGGCCCGAUCAGCCGUUACCGCAAGUCGAAGACCGAGUACCACCUCCCCGCAGGAAAUGGCAAUGUGGCGGUCAUCCACUUGACGCUUGUCGAUUCCAGCACCAACUGCGAGCCACCGGAAGACGUGCUACUCGACAUGGCCACACAUCCAACCUGCUGGUGCAUCAAGAAGCUAGACCACGAAUGCUUCAUGUCUCAAGGACAUGUCUGCUUUCGACACGUCUCAGGCGCGCACACCUUCGGCUUCGUCCGCACCUUGCAACCUGCUACCAAUACGCCUACCUCGGAGGCGUUGAUCGUCAAGCCAGAUGCCAUUCACGGAAACGCGAGUCCGCUUCUUCUUCCAGCGCCCCAGCAGGCCAAGGCACCACACGGCUCGGACGACUCUACCAUCAUGCUAGCUAACGUGGAAGUUGAUCUCACUUCACUGACGCAGUCAAGUGAAGGCUUUCGGGGGACACCGCAGCUCAGCGACCUCCAGCUUCACACGGUCAUAUUGGCGCUCUCACAGCUGGAAAGCUGUCCAUCUUGGAGCAUAGGCGAGAGGAGCAUUGCCUCGUCGGAAGUCCAGACGCUCUUGCCCGGCAAGUGGUUGAGCGACGGGGUGCUCAACCCAUACUUUGAACUGAUCGAGGAUCACGUCAACCGCACACUCUUGCAAGACGGGAGGGCACCUCGUGUCAAGGUCUACCCAACAUACUUCCUCCGUAUCUGGGACUCUGCCAAUCGUACCGAUUCGCGUGCCAUCCGAGGAUUCACAAAACGCCGAGACACCUACAAGCCAGCCGGAGAUGAUCAGAUCGUCAAUAUACUCGAUCUAGAGCUCGCCAUCUUCCCUUUCCAUUUACAAGGGAAUCACUGGUCGUUCCUGCUGGUCUCCGUUCGCCACCGACGCUACGUGUACUUCGAUUCCAUCCGUAACAGGAGUAAGGCUGCAAUGGACGAGGUGCAAAGGAACCUUGACGCGAUCAAGGAGUACCUCAACCAGGAGGUCAAGGCAAGGGGACAGAGAGACGUCAACUUUGACUGGGAGUUUCACGAGGACGAGACAUUCCCCCGACAGGUUGGUGGUAACGAUUGUGCGGUUUUCCUUGCCCAGGGGGCCAAGGAAGCUUGUCUACAACAGCCAACACGCCGUUGGAAAGACGUUCAAUGGUCGUUCAGUCAGGAGGAUGUUCCACAUCUUCGAGCGACCAUGGCACGAGAGCUGGCAAAUCAAAAGCUGGAGGCUUGA